AUGGCGCCCCGUAUUUCAGCUUCUGUAAUUACUCUCCUAAUAAUACUAGCUUCCAGCACAGCAGCCGAGGAAGCCCAACUCCACAGCUACGAAACAGCCGAUUUCAUCAGCACCAGCAAGGUGCAGUCGAACACCAAGCAACUGGCAAAAGCCGCAGUUUCCGUCAGCCUGGCGCACGCCAAGAGCGCGCUAGCGGCGGUCUCGAGCUUAGCGGAGAGCGCCAUAGCGCUGAAGCAGGGCGAGACCGUGGUUCUCAGUGACUGCGGGACGAUGCUGGGGGACUCGGUGCAGAAACUCCAGAAGUCAGAGAAGGAGCUAGGAGGCUCGGCUAAGGACAGGGAAGAUGCGAGUGAACGGGUGCAGAACGCGCUGACGUGGGUGAGCACGGCGCUGACGGACGAGAAUAUGUGCGCCGAUGAGCUUGGCGGGGUGGAUUUGGCGGGGAAGAGGGACACGGUUAGGGGACGGGUGGUCAAAGCGGCGAAGCACACUAGUAAUGCAUUGGCGCUCGUUAGUAAUCUGGCUUCAUCUAUUGGAAAAUCUCCAUGAAUUUCGAGCUGUUAAUUACUUGAUAGUUGAUGGCUUUUAUGUAUUGCGCUCGUCUGAAGUUGUUUGUUUUUGUGGGCUUGUAAUCUAGCUUUUGUUCAGAGUCUGAGUUGGUCGAUUGUAUCCGUAUUAUAUGAAUUAUGCUGUG